UGACAACAAAAAGGUCCUGCAGGUGGGUGGGGGUGCAAAAGAUCCUCAAAGUUCGAUGUGAUUUUUGGCCCAGGUUUCUGGCCAUUCCUGCAAAAUGUCGUACGAGUUGUGGGCCACAUUGUGUGUCGCACCUAUCAUCAGCCUUCUGCUGUGGAUCCGUGUGAAGGGCCUGGAGUACACAAUUGUUCACCAGCGAUGGAUCUUCGUUUGUCUCUUUCUGUUGCCGCUGUCCGUCGUCUACGACGCGUUCAGCUUCGUGCGGAACUGGAUCGUGUUUCGGAUGAACACUGCCCCACUCAAGCACGAUGAGCGCGUCAAAGACAUACAGAGACAGGUGCGGCAGUGGAAGGCUGAUGGGGCUAAACGACCAAUGUGUACGGCACGCCCUGGAUGGCAAACAGUCAGUCUGCGGGUUGGAAAAUACAAGAAAACACAUCAUAAAAUAAACAUCAAUCUAGUCGACAUCCUAGAAGUGGAUACUAAGCGGAGAGUGGUACGAGUCGAGCCGCUGGUCAACAUGGGACAGGUGACCGCCAUGCUGAAUCCAAUGGGAUGGACCCUCCCUGUGCUUCCUGAACUAGACGUGCUGACCGUAGGCGGCAUGGUAAUGGGCGUGGGUAUUGAAACAUCCUCCCACAAGUUUGGCUUGUUCCAGCACACCUGUGUGGCUUAUGAACUGGUCAUGGCGGAUGGCAGUUUAGUCAGGUGCACCAAGGACGAAAACCCUGACUUGUUCUAUGCUGUGCCCUGGUCCUACGGAACACUCGGUUUGCUCGUUGCGGCAGAAAUACAGAUUGUUCCGGCUAAAAAGUAUGUGAAGGUGGAGUAUAAGCCGGCGCACUCGAUGGACGAAGUCAUCAAAGUUUUCUCGGAGGAAAUAACAAAGAAAUCGGGCAAUGAGUUCGUGGAGGCGUUGAUGUACAAUAAGGAGGAGGCCGUUGUCAUGACGGCGAAUAUAACUGACAAUGCUGAGGAGAGUAAGGUUAAUAGCAUUGGAAAUUUCUGGAAGCCGUGGUUCUUCAAGCACGUGCAGUCUUAUCUGCGUACCGGGCCGGGUGUUGAGUAUAUCCCUCUACGGCAAUACUAUCACCGUCACACACGGAGUAUCUUCUGGGAACUUCAGGACAUCGUCCCAUUUGGCAACAACCUGCUCUUCCGCUACCUCUUCGGUUGGAUGGUGCCUCCCAAGAUAUCUCUUCUGAAGCUGACCCAGGGAGAGACGGUGCGCAAACUGUACGAGCAAAACCAUGUGGUCCAGGACAUGCUGGUCCCUCUCGGCAAGCUCAGAGAGUCACUCAACUGCUUUGACAAGGAGUUGGAUCUGUACCCACUGUGGUUGUGCCCUUUUCUGCUGCCUUCUGUACCUGGUCUUGUCCACCCAAAGGGGAACAAAGAUGAGAUGUAUGUCGACUUGGGAGCCUACGGAACCCCCAAGAGAAAGGGCUUCCACUUUGUUGAAACUACAAGACGAGUUGAAGAGUAUGUUCGCAGUGUCCAUGGAUUCCAGAUGCUGUAUGCUGAUUCUCACAUGACUCGGGAGGAAUUCCGCCAGAUGUUUGAUCACACGCUGUACGACAACUUGAGAGACAAGCUGGGCUGCAAGAAAGCCUUCCCUGAAAUAUAUGACAAGAUCAGCAAAGCUGCUCGCAUUUGAUAGGACAGGAAUGUAUAUCAGCAUUUUAUGUAUGACCUUGCAAGUGCCUGAUUGCAAUUGUGCCAAUUUGUUACAAACGUUCUCAAAUAGAACAAAACAUACUAUUAAAGCUAUCAAUUUUUAAUCCUUUUUUUUUUUUACAUUUCCAUAAGUACAAGUUCAGAGUUUACUUAGUUCUACAUGAUCAUAAUGCAUUUUUGUUCUUUUUUUUUUAGCAAAACCAUUAAACAUUUUUUGGUUGAUAUCAAAUUCUGUUUAUAGUCGAACCCUGAUAAGAAGAGCACUGUUAAUACAAGAUCAUGCUUGAACAAGCAAAAUUGUAGGUCCCAAGUCUUUGUUUUUCUUUGUUUUCCUUUUUUUUCCAUUACUGUUUUAACACAAGAUACAGUGUACCUGUUAUAACAAGGUACAAAUGUAUCGUAAAGUCCCAAGUAACAGUCGAGUCUCGUUAUAACAAACUCUCUCGGACCUAGCCAAAUUGUUUGUUAUAUCAGAAUUUUGUAUUAAGAGGCACAUCAGUCGUAUUCAUUGUGCACAGAAAUACACAGUCGGGACCAAGGCUU